AUGGACAACUUUGGUCUCGGCACGGUCGUGGAUAUUGCUUCACACUUGAGGACGCUCACUGUCCUCAGUGACUCUUCGGCCUCAUCUGGAAACCGCCUUGAGCGUCAGCAGUUCCUCAUCAGAUAUGCCGUCAUGCUCAAGACNUUUCAAAAAUGUGUCAACCAGAUCGGUAUUCCAGCAAGAAAAUUCUUGGUUCACGUCCAGUGCGAUGAUUCCAUGGAACAAUUGGAUCGGUUUCUUCGCGACACGGUUCUAUUCUAUCGAGGGGCCCGGAGCCGCCAGUACAGAUUACCGGUCGUCGCUUGUGAACCUUCUCGAGAGUUUACUAUCAACAUUACCAUGGGAGACAGACUACAAUCUAUCAAGAACAUGGAUCAGUUCUGCAAGGAUAUGGAAGAGAGGGUUCUCGAUUAUCUUGCUAUCGUUCUCGGCGAUUUUGCAAAAAUCCGUGGCUACUAUUCAGAGCAUAAAGAGAUGGAGGGCACUGUGAAGGAGGGCAAGCAAGUUCUUAGAGACACGUGGAUCAGGGUGAGGGAGAUCCACCUUCCUCUCAUCGACAUAGCCAUGCAGUAUUGGGAGGAUGAAAAUGAACAGGAGCUAGAAGAUGCUUGUCGCAGACUCAGAUGGAAAGAAGUUCAUGAAUCAAUUCUCUACCAUCCGAUGGAGGAUCAGAUCGCAGAGCGUGAGGCGGUGACGUCGGUCUCUUCGUCUUCGUUACGUCUCCAGGCUACCACCCUCACAAUCACAGGCGGACUUGGAUCUCUCGGCCGUCUCCCAAGCGAAAUUCGCAACAGUAUCUACAGCUUCUGGGUCGAUCUCAUCCUCGAGGAAUGUCAGGAUUCUCCGCAUGAGGGAAUCCUUGCAUCCAAGGUAUUGAGUCAACUCAACAAACCCUUCAUUCGUCUGAUCAGCAGGCAGUUGUCAGCAGAACUGCGCGGUGUGUUCCUAUUACAGAUCAAACGUCACACUGUGGUGGAGUCUUGGAGUCGAAUGUGCCUGUACAAGCAGUUCCUGGCCCUUGUUAGGGGUGGCACUUCUGGCAACAACUUCAGAAGUACUGUUCAAGGCCUAGGUCUGAUUGUGAAUCUCUCAAGCCACAGUUUUGGAUCGAGUCUGCCUCGGCCAGUUGCAGAAAGUAUGGCACAAGAUGUGCAAGCCUUAUGGUGGCUUCACCGACAUCACCACAUUACAACCUCGCAAGUCUUCAUCCUGGUGAUGCAUAGACUGCCCUCGGAAGACUACUUACGGUUUCGAGUGCGACCUUGGUCUCGACAGCCGAACGAGGAGUUUCCAGAGCGCGGAUUGUCCGAUCCCUGGACGAUCAAGAUACAUGUUACCAACCCCAAAGCUUCGGCAAAGGCACUCAGGAAAAGCAUAGACCAAGCUCAAGAACAGUUCGCAAAGGAAAUCAAGGACAAUGAACUGGGAUCUCGUCAUGUCUCUCUCAUUUUGACAGAGUAUCGGUGGAACAUUGCUGAUUAA